AUGAAAUGCUUCACUUCUUUCAUCUGCAAAACUGGAUUCCAGAACACAAAUCUGCUGUUUCCUGUCCUGUACUUCAGUUACAGAUGGCAGUGUAAAGACACGAAGUUCUGCUCUGGGUCGGUGAUCUGCUGCGAGGACUCCUGUGCUGAUCUCAAGGCUCAUGGAGGAUCUUCUGUUCCUAGGACAGCAGGUCAGUCAGCAAUGGCUGCAGCAGAAAUUCCCAGUUACAUUGUCUCUUCUCAGACUGAGAAACACAGGAGGGCCAGAAACUGGACUGAUGCAGAAAUGAGAGGUUUAAUGCUGGUCUGGGAAGAAUUUUUUGAUGAGCUGAAACAAACUAAAAGGAAUGCCAAAGUUUAUGAGAAAAUGGCUAACAAACUCUUUGAAAUGACUGGAGAAAUUCGCCACGGAGAGGAAAUAAAGAUAAAAAUUACAAAUAUGACAUUCCAGUACAGGAAAUUAAAAUGCAUGACAGACAGCGAAACUCUUGCACCUGACUGGCCUUACUACAAAACCAUUGACAGGAUCUUGUCCAAAGUGACAGACCACAGCGAUGUGAAAAUGCAGGAAAACCAGCAGCCAGGCCCUUCCACGUCGCAGACGGAGGCCUCGCAGUCUCCCUCAGCCAAGUCUACACCUCUCUAUUUGCCAUACAACCAGUUUACAUAUGAAGGAAGGGAAGAGUGCUUUGAAGAUGAACAUUCAGAGAGCUCAUCAAGCUUACUUUCUUACAAGCUGAGAGCCGAAGAAAGACCGUUUAAGAAGAGAAAAAUGCAAAGCUGCAGCUUCCAAAAGAAGAAGCUGAAAUUAAUGGAGGCCAUGCUGGAAGAACAAAAGAAGUUGAGUAGAGCUAUGGAAGAAACCUGCAGAGAAGUGCGCAGGAUCCUGGAUCAACAAAACAUUAUUCAGGUUCAGAGCUUGCAGUUACAGGAGAGAAUGAUGAAUCUACUGGAGAAAAUGAUCUCCAAAUCCAAUGUGUAG